AUGAAUUUGGAGGAACAUUUAUCGUUAGGUGAGUUUCAUGUGUCGAAUCUUAUAAAGAAUCAUAUAUCUAGAGGAUCACCAAUACAAGCUCUGGUUUUGUACGGAGGAAUCCGCCGCAGAGGAGUGUAUUUUCCGGGAUGGGUUCCUUUGAUUUUAAGGGCAUGUGCUUGCGUUGUUCCACGUGUUGUUCUUGGGAAGCUGUUGCAUUCUGAAUCAAUCAAGUUCGGUGUUUGUUCUGAUGUUAUGGUGGGAAGCUCUCUGAUCAGUAUGUAUGGGAAAUGUGGAUGUGUAGUUUCUGCACGUAAGGUGUUUGACGAAAUGCCUGAGAGAAACGUGGCUACUUGGAACGCUAUGAUUGGUGGGUAUAUGAGCAAUGGUGAUGCAGUUUUGGCUAGUGGAUUGUUUGAAGAGAUAUCGGUUUGUAGAAAUACGGUGACUUGGAUCGAGAUGAUUAAAGGGUAUGGGAAGAGAAUAGAGAUUGAGAAAGCUAGAGAAUUGUUUGAGAGAAUGCCUUUCGAGUUAAAGAAUGUGAAGGCUUGGUCUGUGAUGCUUGGAGUUUACGUUAAUAAUCGAAAAAUGGAGGAUGCAAGGAAGUUUUUCGAGGAUAUACCGGAGAAGAACGCCUUUGUAUGGUCAUUGAUGAUGUCUGGGUAUUUUAGGAUAGGUGAUGUGCAUGAAGCUAGAGCUAUUUUUUAUCGAGUUUUUGCUCGUGAUUUGGUGAUUUGGAACACUUUGAUUGCUGGUUAUGCACAGAAUGGGUAUUCUGAUGAUGCUAUUGAUGCUUUCUUUAAUAUGCAAGGAGAAGGGUAUGAACCGGAUGCGGUAACGGUUUCUAGUAUUUUAUCUGCUUGUGCUCAAUCUGGUCGUCUUGAUGUUGGCAGAGAAGUUCACUCUCUGAUUAAUCAUAGAGGAAUUGAGCUUAACCAGUUUGUUUCAAAUGCUUUGAUUGAUAUGUAUGCGAAAUGUGGGGAUCUAGAGAAUGCGACAUCCGUGUUUGAGUCGAUAAGUGUGAGAAGUGUAGCAUGUUGUAACUCUAUGAUCUCGUGUCUAGCCAUACAUGGGAAAGGCAAAGAAGCUUUAGAGAUGUUCAGCACGAUGGAGAGCUUAGAUUUAAAGCCUGACGAGAUCACUUUUAUAGCGGUUCUCACUGCUUGUGUCCAUGGAGGCUUUCUAAUGGAAGGUCUAAAGAUAUUCUCGGAGAUGAAAACUCAAGACGUGAAACCGAAUGUAAAGCAUUUUGGAUGUUUGAUACAUCUCUUGGGACGCUCCGGGAAAUUGAAAGAAGCUUACAGAUUGGUAAAAGAAAUGCAUGUGAAACCGAACGAUACAGUAUUGGGAGCUUUGCUUGGUGCAUGUAAGGUUCAUAUGGAUACAGAAAUGGCUGAACAAGUGAUGAAGAUCAUCGAGACUGCUGGAAGCAUCACUAACAGUUACAGCGAGAACCAUCUUGCAUCGAUAUCGAACUUGUAUGCACACACCGAAAGAUGGCAAACAGCUGAAGCGUUGAGAGUAGAAAUGGAGAAAAGAGGUCUUGAGAAAUCCCCAGGGCUUAGCUCACUAGUUUUGACCUGAGUCUAUACCACUUAGCUUUAUUUGAAGAAGUAAAAUACUUAGUGAUUAUGAAAUUGCCUUUAUAAACAGUGUUUAUACAAAAAAUC